AGCAGCAGCGGCAGCGCCGACGCACUGUGAAGGACACCGGGAGAGAGCGGCACCUCUCCGGCUCGAGCCCCCUUCCACCUCCCCGGGCCCCCCCUCCCUUCCCCGCCUCUAAGCGCGCGCAGCCAUGGAGGACAAAGCCAACUCGUUCUCCGGCGCCAAGGAGGAGAAGGCGGACGGGAAUAACGCCUUCCAGCGGCAGGACUCCAUCCAGAAGAACAACAGCGCGGGCGGCCAGAACACCAAGGAGCACGGCAACUCGGUGGGCUUCAAGGGGGAGCGCGACGAGGCCAUGGUGGGCUUCGACGACCUGGAGGCGGCGUCCAGGCAACACGGGUUCAUGCAGAGGCAAUUCGGGGCCAUGAUGCAGCCCGGAGUCAAUAAGUUCUCCCUGCGGAUGUUCGGCAGCCAGAAAGCGGUGGAGAAGGAGCAGGAGCGGGUGCAGACGGCCGGCUACUGGAUCAUUCACCCGUAUAGCGAUUUUAGAGAACUGGCCUUGGUCCUGAAGUCAGAGCGAGGCGGCCUGCAGAAGUGCUUCAACCUGAACUGGACCAUCCUCAGCCUGCUGCGCCUGUUGAGACUGUCUCGACUCAUCCGAUACAUACAUCAGUGGGAGGAGAUCUUCCAUAUGACCUAUGACCUGGCGAGCGCCGUGGUAAGAAUAUUUAACUUGAUAGGCAUGAUGCUGCUGCUGUGCCACUGGGACGGCUGCCUCCAGUACCUGGUGCCUCUGCUCCAAGACUUUCCCCCUGACUGCUGGGUGUCACUAAACGGUAUGGUUAACGUGUCCUGGGGCAAGCAGUACUCGUACGCCCUCUUCAAAGCCAUGAGCCACAUGCUGUGCAUUGGCUACGGCGCCCGGGCGCCGGUGAGCAUGUCGGACCUGUGGAUCACCAUGCUGAGCAUGAUCGUGGGCGCCACGUGUUACGCCAUGUUCGUGGGCCACGCCACCGCGCUCAUCCAGUCGCUGGACUCCUCGCGGCGGCAGUACCAAGAGAAGUACAAACAAGUGGAGCAAUAUAUGUCCUUCCACAAGCUUCCGGCGGAUAUGCGGCAAAAGAUACAUGACUAUUAUGAACACCGCUACCAGGGCAAGAUCUUCGAUGAGGACAACAUCCUUAGCGAACUCAAUGACCCGCUCAAAGAGGAAAUUGUCAACUUUAACUGCCGUAAGCUGGUCGCCACCAUGCCGCUGUUUGCAAACGCCGACCCCAACUUUGUGACAGGGAUGCUAAGCAAGCUGAAAUUCGAGGUCUUCCAGCCCAACGACUACAUCAUCCGCGAGGGCACUGUCGGCAAGAAGAUGUACUUCAUCCAACACGGCGUCGCCAGUGUCAUCACCAAGUUCAACAAGGAGAUGAAGCUAACCGACGGGUCCUACUUUGGAGAGAUCUGCCUUCUCACCAAGGGUAGACGGACAGCCAGCGUGCGGGCCGACACCUACUGCCGCCUUUUCUCGUUGUCUGUGGACCACUUUAACGAGGUUCUGGAGGAGUACCCCAUGAUGCGCCGGGCCUUCGAGACGGUCGCCAUCGACCGCUUGGAUCGCAUCGGGAAGAAGAACUCAUUGUUGCUGCAGAAGUUCCAGAAGGACUUGAACGCCGGCGUAUUCAACACACAGGAAAACGAGAUCUUGAAGCAGAUCAUUCGCCAGGACCGGGAGAUGGUGAUGAUGGUGGACCGCAAGCAGUCGCUCAGCGGGAUGAACUCGACACCGAUGUCCGGCAAUUCCAUCAUUAACUCGCCGGCGCAACCGCCCUUCGCCGCCGCCUUUGGGAUGAGUCAGUUCCAGCAGUCGUCGGUACCUUUGACCUACAGUGCUUCAGCUAUCGCCAACGCCUCCGCCGCCCGCAUGCUGCCGGCCGCCGCCGCCGCGGCGCUCUACCCCGCCGCCAGCGUUUCCCACCUGGGUUCGUCCUCGGCCAACCCGCAGACGCCGCUCCAGGGGGCCAUCAUGUCGCCGUGCUCUUUCACGGCCGCCAUGUGCAGCCCGCCGGUACAGACGCCGCUGGCCAGCCGCAGCUUCCAAUACGGCUCUCCCACGGCGUCCCAGCUGUCGCUCAUCCAGCAGCCCGUCGGCCAGCCGUCUCUCGCCGGCCAGCAGUCGCAACUUAGCCAGCAGCCGCCGGUGUCGGCCGCAGGCGGUGGCUCGACGCAGCAGCAGUCUCCACAACAGCAACAUUCUCCGCAGCAGCAGCAGGUCCCUUCGCCCCAGCGAGGGGAUGUUCACAAAAGCACGCAGGCGCUGCAGUCUGGCAGCUUGAGUCGAGACGUGCGACACUUAUCGGCCUCGCAGCCGUCGCUGCCCCACGACGCGUCGCUUGGGCCACGGGCGCACCAGGCCUCGGGCGACUCGCUGGCCUCCAUCGCACCGCCCCCGGCGACGGUGGCGGCGGCGGUGGCCAUCCAGGGGUUGAGUCUCCAAAGCGGCAUCCGCACCACAGUUCCCCAGCGGGUCAAUUUGUUCCGGCAAAUGUCAUCAGGGGCUCUGCCACCUGUGCGCUCCACAUCGGCGGCCGUGGCGGCGGCGGCGGCGGUCUCGUCGUCAUCGGGCCAGCACAGGGAAUCCCCCGGCUCUCGGAGAGAUUCUGUCCUGAGCAGUACGGAGACUGAGCAAGACAAAAUGCGCUUCGCAUCCAAUUUAUGAUCCUUUUUCCGUUUGCUUUUGGAUUCUUUUUAUUUUAACCAUGGAAGAGCUCCAAACUACUUUGGCAUUGUUUUCUCUUCUCAGAUAACCUCAUUGAAAUCGUGUACAUACGGAGCCCUUGUAUGAUAUUUUAGGAACAUUGUCACCCUACUUAAGAAUGUAUAUUAUACAGAUAAUCUUUUUCUUUUAUGCCAUAACUAUGACUAUAUACACAUCUGGUAUAUGGCCUCUGUGUGUGUGUGUGUGUGUGUGUGUGUGUGUGUGUGUGCGUGUGUGUGUGUGUGUGUGUGUGUGUGUGUGCAUAUAUAUAUAUAUAUACACACACACACACACACACACACACAUACAAAUAUGGUACAAAUGAGAAUGUUGGGAGAAUUGGCGAGUGCAUGUGACUGUGCGUUGAAAUCCAAUUAUAAUAUAUUUCGCAAUGGCAAUUGGGGAAAAAAAAAUCUGUAGUCUAAAAAAAAAAAACAUGAGUCUUCCUUUCUGAGAAAUAUAAUGAAUUAUAUACAAUGUAUGAAUUUUUUAUUUAUAUAUAUUUAUGAGGUUUUUUUUUUUGUUUGCAUUACGGAUUGUGACUUCCUUUUCCACCGAGGAAGAGGAGAAGCAGCGUUAAGCGCCACUGUGGAAUCAUACGUGCAAAGUAAACACUUGCAAAUCGUCUUUAAAAAAAGAAGAAGAAAAAAAAAAGAACAAACAAUCAAACAAAACAAAGCACACGCCCCCAUGAAGGAAUUUUCUGGACUUUCAGAAACCAACACCGUACAGAAAAAUGUGUCUGCAACCUCGACAGUGUUAAGGGAAUGAAUAACAGAAAAUGCUGCUUUAAGACACGCGUGACAGAUGGAUGAAAGGACGGAUGACGGGUGCGUUUGUUUUCUAUUCCUCAUUUGGGAUGGUUGAAGUGUGACGUAACGACAAAAGAGAAAAAGAAAGCUAUGUGUAUAUUUAUAAUAUUUAUAAACUAAAGAAUUAUCACCAUUAUGCAAUAGACUGUGACAUAAAAAUUACCUAUACGUGUGCUGUAAAUAAUUUUUGUAGAGCUAGUAUUUACAGAUACUGUGUGGUGCAUUCUCUCUAUCAUAAACAAAUGUCUUACUUCUGUCGGGGAACCUAGCUAACCCACCUGCAAGCGACAAAGCUGACAAACGAACCUUAAUGCAAAAAAAAAAUUGAAUGCAGCAACAGGCUCAACGAGAAUCCCAUUUUGCUCAAAAGUGAUUUUCUUUUUGUGAUAUUUUUUUGGACGCAUUUUUUUUUCAUACCUUGAUACACAAAUUUAGUUUUGCCACACUUUGGAUGGUAAAAAAAAAAAAACCUUGAACAGGUCUAUGAUGAACUUCGUAGUUUCCACAUACAUAUCAACUGAUCUCUUUCUUAAGCAAUUCCACAUUGGCCGUUUUGCUAAAUUGAAUGUUGUUCUCAUUAUAUAUUUCCUUAGCUUUUAGCUUCCAGCACAUGCUAUUGACGUCAUACGAACGAUAUGACGUCAACAUCAGUUGGGGGGACCAAAAAAAAAAAAAAACACUGAAUGGUAAAAGAGGUUCAGGGAGAGAUGGUGAAAAUUUUAGCAACUUGAGCGAGAUGAUACGGCACCUAAUUUGUCAUCAUAUUUGUUUUUUUGUAGCCUCUGUUCAAUUUCAGUUAUCUAGCGCUCAUCACAGCACAUGACAGAUGAUGAUUCUUCCAAAACACGUUCGAAAACAACUCUCACCUCAAUGUAAAAUAAACAGAAAAAAAAAAAAAAAAACAGAACACCAGGUGCCAGUUAGUUGCCGGGUACCAAAAGCAUGUAAACAGUCAACGUUCCAAUGGAGGGUUCAUGUUCAGUUCAGACGAGUUCUUUCCCCCAAAAUGUUCUCCUAAAACUGAAGGACUACACACUAAUGGAGAUAUCGCGUCACUGGAGUUGACUCCGUUCAUGACUUCUAUUCUUCUAUUCUCAUGUUCUUCUUCUCAUCUUCUUGUUGAGGCUGCUACUUCUCGUCGCAUUCCAACUAUGACGACAUGUUUAUCCGCAGAUUUGGAUUCUAUUUCAAACGAAACAACCACCGGGGCGUUUUUUUCCCCCCCUCUCAAAUUUUGAAACAAUUCAGGACUUGAAGCUUUACCAAAAACAAAACAAAAAAAAAAAAAGGCUGCAGAGCGCUGCUGUUUGCAUUAAGGUUCUAUGUCUCAUGUAAAUCCUUCCCCUCGGGCUCGCAUACGCUAAACCAACCCAAAAACGGACGCAGAACCGUCCAAGCAAAGAUCCGUUUCACAUCCGGGCGGGCCUUCUUUCUGGCUUCCGGUGUAUUCCGUCAAUCGGGUGGUGAAGCUUAUCCGAGCCCUUCCGGGAAUGUGCGUUUGGCUACCAGUUUGUGUCGAUACUGUACUGAUAUGAUCCCAACGUCGCCGUCAAUGAAAGCAUGCACUGUCACAAAAAAAAAAAAAAAAAAUCAAAAAAACAAUGUUGACGUUAAAUGUUGUUUGAUUCUGUUCAUUGUGCGUCCGCCUCGGUGUCGUCUGUGCGAGCAUCGACUUUUCACAUGGACAUUCUUACGUAUUUGUGCCUAAACAACAGCCAUGUUCCGCCCUUCUUCGGUUCAUCCUGACUUUCCUCUUUGACCCGUUUUAUGUCUCUUGUGUUUUUUUGUUAUUGUUUUCUUCAGACGGGAAAGGACUUUGCGACGACGGCCAAAUGUCUCACGGCAUCCAGCUUUUUCAAGCAGCUUUAUUUUCUCUCUCGUAUUCACGCUAUUAUCUGCAAAGUGGAUUUUAAUAUUUUUUUUGAUGGGGUCGGGGGUGCAAUGCGAUCUUAACGCAAGUAAUAUCACACACGACAAGAUGUACUCAUGGCGAGCACCUUUCUUACCUUUUCUUUUUGUUUUGUAGCUAGCCACUGAUGUUUGUGUAAGGAAACCGGCCAAAGCAACAACAACAAAAAAAAAAGAAUUGUCUUGCUUUACAAAUUGCACUUUUCCAGUAGAAAGCAUAUUUUUUUGGGUGGCAGAUUUCCAACUCGAGCACUUAAUCGUGAAUCUGCCGUCGUUCCAUAGGAAUGAGUGACGAUGCAUUGCAGGACUGUUGUUUAAUUUUUAUUUUUUUGCCGUUUAAAUUUUUUUUUUUACAUAUACUUGCCUUUGGAGGGAGUGCUUCCCAGCUAUGUGCUUUCAUUUUUUUUUUUUGUCUUUCCUCACUCUACCGAUCACAGCUACCAGACGGGCAUUAAUGGCGACGUAACAAGCUUACACAUUAGAAGCGUAGAGACCCUCAACAAGCCAGCACAUAUGUUUGUAUUUAUAUUCUCGAUUUGGUUCCAUUUUAUUUCAUUUUUUUUUUCGUCGUCGUUCGUCGGUUUGUUUGGUUUAGGCGGAAGAAAUAUAGAGAUGCAAAAAGAUUUUCCGCAGAGGACGAGAGCCACAUUUCAGUUUCGUGAGUUUCUUCGCGGAGGACAAGAAAGAUUAAAGUAAACUUUCUUACAACAAUAUGCAGACAAACAGUGUUUGUCAAAAAAUCCUUUUGAUUUUUCUUUUUCUUUUUGGUUUCGUUUUGUUUGUAAAUAAUAAACCUUUAAGAUAUAGAAAAUAAACGACAUAUUGUCAUUUCA